AUAUGCUCUACUUCAAUAACUUGCUUCUCAAAAAUCAUACUUCGUGCUUGAGUUUGGUCAGCGUGUAAAAAUGUCAUCGAUUGUGGAGUUCCGUGUUGGUAUUGAUUGCACAGGAUGCGAGAACAAAGUGAGGAAAGCUCUCCUUAAGUUGGAUGGAGUUAACGAUGUUGAAAUCGACAUACCUAUGCAAAAAGUGACCGUAACAGGGUGGGCUGAACAAAAGAAAAUACAUAAAGCGAUCAUGAAAACAGGACUUAGAGUUGAACCAUGGAAAAUGCCUUAUAAUCCUCAAUUUCAAGAUUUUAAUGAGUUCUAUGAACAACACAGGUCCUUCAUUUACCGGCCGAAUCCUACCUCACACCACAAGAAUGGUAACAUCGUCCAUGAACGUACUUCUGAUCCUCUUCCUUUAGUCGAUAAUGGCGAUGAUGCAUUCAUUAUGUUCAAUGAUGAUAAUCCUAGCGGAUGUUCAGUGAUGUAGUACAGAUUAUCCGAAGGGUGUAAUGUUGUUCAAUAUAUGAAAACAUCAAAGAAUAAGUCUCAUUUAU